AUGGGAAAUUAAUAAGGCUCUGAUUUUGGAGGAGUAUAUAUUAGAACAGACAAACCUUUCUAUUUUGCUGGAGAAAUCAUAACAGGAAAUAUCUAUUUGAAUAUUUUUAAAGAUGGAUAUCCUGGAGGAGUAGUAUUAUUAAAAGUAUCUGGAAAGGAAAAAUGUCAUUGGACCGAAAGUCAUUCUCGCACUACUACUGGUGCAGAUGGAAAGCAAGAACAACACACUGAAUAUGUAACUUAUUCAGGUUAGACCUAAUUUUAUUAACAUCGAGUGGCAAUAUGGACAUUUAACACUCGUAGCUUACCUGUUGGGCAAUAUACCUUUCCUUUUUAAUUUUAAUUAUUGUCUCACUUACCAGGAUCUUAUUUUGAAAAGGGAGGAGAUUAUUAAGCCAAAAUUUCAUAUAGAGUCAAAACAGAAAUCGAAUCAUAUAAUAAGUCUUAUAAGAACAUCAAACAUUCAUAGCUUUUAGUUGUUAGGGAACCAUUAAAGCAGAAUAUGGCAGCUUUGAUGGGAUAAAUGGAAGUAAAGGCAUCAACUUGGUGUUGCAUCAAUUAAGGAACUUCUCACAUCAAGUGUGUAUUUGAUAAGAAUCAUUACCUUCCUGGAGAUACUGCCUACCUGUGGGCUGAUGUGGAUAAUUCUAAUUGCAAAUUAGAUGUGAAAAGAAUUGAUGCCAGAUUAUAAAAUUACUUAACCUUGAGAGACCGAACAGGAAGAGAAAAGGUAAUAUUAAGAACUAUUGUUUCAUAAUAAAUUCAAGGAAUUGGAGCUGGGAUUAAGGCUAUUGAAAAUGACAGAAAAUAAAUCUAAUUAAUUUUACACAAUAAAAAUUCACCAGAUGGUAUUCAUCCUUCAUCUAAUGGGCAGUUAGUUAAAUCAGUAUAUAGAUUAUAAGUUUAAGCAGUUCUUGCAGGCUGUACAUGCUGUAGCAAGGAUCCAACUGUAGAUGUACCUAUUGAAAUAGUUGCUCCUGUUCCUUAGAUUUAUAAUUAACCAAUUGCUCCACCUUCUAAUUGGAAUCCUUAAGUAUUCCAACCUUAAAUUGUACAAUUUACUGAUAGUACCAUGUAUUUAAAAGAUCAGAACUAAUAAUCUAAUUAUAAUUAUCCAUAAAAUCAGCUACCACCACCCCCACCACCACCUAAUUAAUUUGGAUAAAUGUAAUAACCAAUGAGUUGA